AUCCAGGUUGAGAUGAGGAUGCGGGGGUAUGGGCCCCUCUCCCCUCUCGUCCAGGAUUCAGCCUCCAGCUCCUCCUCUGAUGCAUCGUUUGCAUCAGUACUUGGGAACACUUGUCCGCGCGCUGCUGCACCUCCCCACAGUGCAUUCACGGACUCCACUUUACCAGGUGAUGACAGACCAACGCUCAAGAGUGAACAUGAUAUGUUUUUAACACGCCUUAAGUCGGAAUCAACGUAGAAUGGAGACGCGCCUCGGUUACUGCCUUUUGAUCAUUUUCUCUAAGUGGAUUUGGCUCUUCACCCUAACUUCCAUCCCGGGCGGAACGAAAGCGGAGCUAAGGUGCAUCCCUUCGUGCCAGCUGCCGCUAAUCAAAGCUCUUCCCCGGGAGCUCUCGGAGCUGGAUUUGGCUAAUUUUGGUGAGGCACCAACUAAAGAUCUCGUUGGAUAUACGGAUCGGUCACCGGGCACCAAACCCGCCGACGGAGGAGGAGACGAAAAGCACAACGUUGCAGAAUUAACGGCGAGUGAAGAAAGUUCGUCCAAAGUGCACCCGCGGUCUGAGGGAAAUAACGCAAGUUGUCUCCAGAAGGACGCGUUGAAAGAUCGGCAUAAACUUUCCGACUCGAAAGUGUCUCCUGGAAGUGCUCCUUCACCCGACGAGGGUAACGUGACCGACAAUAGAACCGAUGAUGGAGAAGAUAACAACGAUGAAAAUGGGGCUCAGGUUGAUGUGACAAUGGGCCUGGACGAGGAGACGGAUGUGGCCGUUUGGAGACGUACACGGAGCGCGAGGAGCGCAGAGACUUGGUCCGGAUUCCGACCGGAGGACGGGGAGGACGCUUCGUUUUCAGACAAGGAGGAGUUUGAGCUCACAAGUUCAACAUUUGCACUCACCGGGGACACGGCUCAUAACCAGGCGAUGGUGCACUGGUCCGGACAAAACAGCAGCGUGAUCCUCAUGUUGACAAAGUACUAUGACUUCAACUCUGGCAGAGUAACAGAGAGUUCUUUAUGGAGGUCAACUGAUUAUGGGACCACAUAUGAGAAGCUUAAUGAGAAAGUCGGGCCGAAAACCAUCCUGAGCUACUUGUACGUGAGUCCAAACAACAAAAGGAAGAUCAUGUUACUUACCGACCCGGAGGUGGAGAGCAGCCUGCUCAUUAGCCUUGACGAGGGGGCGACCUAUCAGAAACACAGCUUAGCCUUUGAUAUCCUCAGCCUGCUUUUUCACCCCGAGCAGGAGGACUGGAUCCUGGCUUACAGCCACGACCAAAAGCUCUAUGUCUCUGUUGAAUUUGGGAAGAGAUGGCAGCUCGUGCACGACGGCGUCAUCCCCAACAGAUUCUACUGGUCCAGAAUAGGUUUAGACAAAGAGCAAGGAAUGAUUCACCUGGAGAUCAGCAUCUCUGAUGGACGGUCACAGUACAUCACGUGUAAACUUCAGAAUUGCUCUGAUGGCAACAAGGGCAAGCCUUUCCCUGGAUUUAUCAUCCCUAAUUCCCUGGUGGUUCAGGAUGAAUACGUUUUCAUCCAGGUGCCAGUAGGUGGUCAGUCUGUCCAUUAUGUGUCCUAUAAAAGAAAUGCUUUCUACCCAAUGAAGCUUCCCAAGUACACUCUGCCAAAGGACUUGCAGAUAAUAAGCACAGAUGACAACCAGGUGGUGGCAGCGAUUCAGGACUGGCACCAGAAUGACUCCUACAACCUGUACAUGUCUGAGUCCAGAGGGCUGUUCUUCACCUUGAUGCUGGAGAACGCUGUGAGCAGUGGAGGACCGGAGGGCAACAUCAUGAUAGACCUCUAUGAGGUUGCCGGGAUUAAAGGGGUGUUCCUGUCAAAUAAAGUUGUGGAGAACCAGGUGAAAACUUAUAUCACAUACAACAAGGGGAGAGACUGGCGUCUUCUUCAGGCUCCAACAACCGAUCUCCAGGGAAACAAGGUCUAUUGUGAACAACCUUACUGUUCGUUACAUCUACACCUUCACGUGUCAGAGAACCCUUACACCUCGGGAAACAUCGUCAGCAAAGACUCAGCUCCAGGGGUUAUAAUAGCGUCAGGUGUAGUUGGACCUGAGCUGACCAGUAAUAAUGUCAGUAUUUUCAUCACGUCUGAUGCUGGAAACAGCUGGAGAGAGGUUUUUCAGGAAGAGUACAGCGUGUUUUUCCUGAAUCAAGGAGGAUCUCUGGUGGCCAUCCGACACACACCUCUUCCAAUUAGACACAUUUGGCUGAGUUUUGAUGAGGGCAGAAACUGGGACAAAUACAGCUUCACCUCCUCUCCACUCUAUGUCGAUGGGGUGCUGGGAGAGCCUGGAGAGGACACCCUCAUAAUGACAAUAUUCGGUCAUUUCAGUCAUCGAUCUGAGUGGCAGCUUGUCAAAACUGACUUCCGGUCCAUUUUUCAACAUCGCUGCACAUCUGAAGAUUACAUGACAUGGCAGUUACACAAUGAGGGCGAUGUGUGCAUCAUGGGAAUGAAGAGAAUCUUUCAAAAACUGAAAGCAAACGUUCUAUGUGUCAAGGCCAGAAAUCAGUAUAUUUCCCAGAUGUCAGAUUCCUGCCCAUGCACAGAGGCAGACUUUGAGUGCGACUAUGGGUUUAUAAGGCAGAUUGAUGGGAGCUGCACUCCGGCUUUCUGGUUCGUCCCUACGCCAACAUCCAGAGACUGCAUCACCGGGGACAGCUUCCUCAACACCACGGGAUAUCGCCGGGCUUUGUCUAACAACUGCACUGAGGGAACACUGUUGAAGUACAGCCCCAGGCGACAAAAGUGUCCCAGUCAGGCCCCCAGGGGCCUCCAACUCUUCACCAGUGAGGGGACACUGGUAGCAACCCUGGAGAGGAAUGUCACUUUCUUGGUCUUUCUGGAAGAGGGUCUCGGCUCCAUGACAAGUAUAACAGUGGACUUUGGCGACGGCACAGCGAUAUCGUAUGUUAACAUCAGCUCCAUCGAUGACGGGGUCAAGCAUAUCUACAGUAAAGUUGGCAUCUAUCAGGUUUCUGCAACAGCGACCAACACUCUGGGCUCUGAUAGGGUGAUGCUCUAUCUCCACGUCUCCUGUCAACUUGAACAGGUCCAGCUCUCGGCUCCUUCAGUGGUCGUCAAGAACAAAGCAGUAAACCUCUCCACGGUGUUACGGCCCAGCAAUGUGGGAACAGUCAGUUAUUACUGGUGGUUUAAUAACAAAACAGAGCCCGUUGUUACGCUGGACGGAGCGAUGUCCUUCACUUUCUCCAAGGAGGGAAGUCACACCGUCACUGUUCAGGCUUCGGUUGGCAAUAUUGUCCAUGAGGACCAAAUUACUGUGGCUGUUUAUGAUUAUUUUCGGUCACACGUUUUGGGCUUUUCUUCUAAUUUGGACGAGCUGAACCCCGGCGUGUCUGAGUGGAGAGAGGACAUCAGCCGAGUGGUGAAGAGCAACAUGGUUCAGGUCACAGGAAUAAAUGAGGAGCAGCUCCUGGUCACAGUGCUCCCAGGUUUACCAACAACAGCAGAGAUUUUCAUCGUUCCGGAAAAGAAGCCGAGAGACGGGGACAUGGAUGAAAAGUGGGCACACCUGGAUCAGCUUGCUCAGGUUCUGCUAAGUGCUUUGAACCAAGACCUCAUCCAGUUCACACUCAAACCGGGGGUGCAGGUGAAUGUGUACGCCACGCAGCUGUCUCCAGCUCCUCUUGUGGACAGCAGUGAUAGUGGUCACAGCGGAACUGCAGUCAUCAUGCUUGUGUCAGUCGUACUGAUGGGCUUGGCUGUCUUUGUAAUAUAUAAAUUUAAAAGGAAGAUCCCGGGCAUCAACACAUAUACAGCAGAGCAGCCUGACAAAGAACAAGAGGUCAUCCCGACAGUGACCUCCAUAGACGUCCCAAACCCUGAGGGGGACAAGCUGACCUCACUGGAUCAUGUCGAUGUACAGUUGAACUCAAAAGGCAGAGGCUACCUGCCAUCUCACACUGCCAUCAAGCUCUCUGAUGAAGCGCCCCGUGUGUUUUAAUGUUGGGAGUCUAUGACCAACUCGAAAGCAAUACAUCUUCUUUGGCAGUUACUUCCAGCAAGCUAUGAAACCACGGUCACAAUGGAUGGUCUCGAGUGUUUUGCUACCCAUGCAUGGACGGACCAGUUCACACUGUGCUGCCUAAUCCCUCCGAGGAGAAUGUACAGAUUUAUACUUGCUUCUUGAAAAGGGACACUUUUUGACUGAAAAUACUUGUAUUUUUGCAAGGACAUUGAUCUUUUUAUGUAAAUAAUGUACAUCCACAAUGGGAGAGGUGAAAGGUAUUUGUCUCAGCUGGUUACAGCUGAGUCUGCCCAAAUAUGAAAAUAUCAUGCAGCGGGGCAGAAGUGAUGUAUAAUAAUAUCUCAAAAUAUGUUCCUAUUUCUGUUCUCUGGGUUUGUGUUUGUGAAGUUUACUUGAACUAUGUGGAAAUAAGCUUAUCUGAUUAAGACAGUGAGGGAAGCAGAUUCAUUAAGCUCUGUACAAUCAGUAAAUCUUAUCACCCGAUUCCCAUCAAAUGAAAGCUUGCAAUAUCCAGGAGAUGAGGGAGGGCUUCUUGUCCCAGAUCUGUGUAUUCCAUCAAGCCCGUCUCUCUGCUGCUCAAAAUGUUAUAUAUGUCAUAACAAAAAUAACAACAGAAGAUUAAAGGGGAAUAUAUUAGACCGGUAUAUACAGUAGACGAGAAACAAUCCCUCUUGUGUAGGAGACUCAAAUAAGUCAUUUUAGUGACAGUGGAAUGGACGCUAACAUGAUCAAUGUUAAACCUACUUUAAACAGAUUAUACACCAAUUUCUAACCUAAAUCAUGCAUAUGGAUUAUGUGCGCAGCGUCAUUCUUACAUUUGAUUGUUUUACAGUAAAUUUGACUGUUAAACAACGCAAUUACUUUUCAAUUUUGUGCUUCGUACUUAUUUGUUGCCCAGAGCAUUUCUUGUACCUUCUGGUUUCUAUAAAUAGAGCUAAAUGUAAGUCUUCAGAAUAAUUCCUGUGUUAACAAAGACGCUACGGUUUACAGCCGCAAACACAUACUGUGGUGCAGUAAAAAGUGCCAGAUCUGUAUUUUAAUUAAUUGCUUAUUUGUUUAAGACUCAUUAGCUAUUUGUUUGUGAGAUAUACCACCAUGAAGUUAAAAGACUUGUAGCUCCUUGACACAGUUACAUAAUUCACAUGUUUUUUUUCUUUGAACUGAGCUCACUGCGAAGGUUACAGGAAGUACGGCAACCCCACAACCACACCAGGUCUAAAUGGAAAGAUGUUCUCAUCUCACACACUUUUAAAUUUAUUCUGGACUGUUUAUCUACCACGAAGUUACCAGCAUCUCCACCUGGCAUUUCCUCGGGAGCCUGCAGUCUGUUCUAGGUGUGCCCUCGAGGACUCGGCAGAUUUGUUCAUCUCCUUUGCUGCAAGGGACAUGGAGAUAGAGAAGACGUAUCUCCUGUCAACAAGGCUCAGCCUACGCACAGAGCUUUGGUCAGCUGCUGUCUCUUUGGGAUAAGCACUGAAGUUCUUCUUCAUCCGACUUUUAUUUUUUAAGUGUUGUCAGCAUCAUAUGUCAGUAAGACAAAUGGACUGGAGGCUUCUCCAUACUUCUUUCCUCCUUGAGCCUGAAGCAUCAAUACACUCUUUCUCGUCAUCGGGCGAACGCUGUCUCUCCACAAGCGAUCAUCGGAGCGUUUUCUUUUCGAGUCCCAAUAAUCAACCUGUGAAUAGGAUUGUGAACAUAUUUGCAUGAUGAUUUUUCUUUCCUUCUUCAAGAUAGUAAAUCAAAUGUCUUAAUAAGAAGAAGAAGAAAUGUAACGUGAAGUGUAGUAUUUUCUGUUUCUCAAAGGCUGAACAGCUCAUUUAUUACAAGUGACUUGCUGUUAUUGUGUUUUUUCAUUUGAUCUCGCAGAAGUAACCAUGGUUGCGGAAUAAAGCAGAAACAUUAAUGCAGU